AUGGCUCCGGGGUCAUCAAGCAGGAGAAGAAACAAAGCUCCGGCAGAAGUAAUCGACCUCGAAUCAUUCCGCUUGUCCGGCAAACGACCAAUCUCUGCCGUCAUCGACCUUUCUGAUGAAGAAGAUGACGAUAUUAAGAUCAUCAAUUUCAUUCCAAAAAAUACCCCUUAUGGAAAGCGUAAAAGAAACAAGUUUGACAAAGGAGAGUCUUCAAAUUCAAGUAUCACUCCAUUCGUUUGCGAAAUCUGCACGGACACUAAAACAAUGAAGGACGCUAUUUACAUCAGCGGUUGCUCUCAUGCUUAUUGCUCGGAUUGUGUGGCAUCAUACAUAGGUUCCAAACUUGAAGAUAACAUCGUUAAUAUUCGGUGUCCUUUUCCAAAGUGUAAAGGUUCGUUGGAAGCGGAGUUUUGCCGUUUUAUUCUGCCUGCCGAGGUUUUUGAUCGCUGGGGUCAAGGGUUGUGUGAGGCUAUGUUCGAUGUUUCAGAAAAGUUCUACUGUCCCUUUGCAGACUGUUCUGCUCUUUUGAUCAAUGACGGAAUCGAUACUGUUAAAAACUCAGAAUGUCCUAAUUGUAAUAGGAUGUUUUGUGCAAAAUGUAAGGUUCCAUGGCAUGAAGGAAUCGAAUGCAGCGAGUUUGAGAAGCUGAACGCGGACGAGAGGAAGAAAGAAGAUGUUAUGUUGAUGCGCCUUGCUAAGGAUAAGAAGUGGAGGCGAUGUCCUAAAUGCAGAAUUUAUGUUGCCAAAUCUGAGGGUUGCAACAGCAUGUUAUGCAGGUUCUCUUUCUAG